CCGUCCAUGGCUCCGAUUCCGUCUGAGAGAGAUGUCAAUCGCCAUUUCCAGAUGCCAGAACUAGCGUCGGUAGACCUCGAGGCGGGCUGGCUGGAGGUCACGAUGAACACGACACGAGGUGGAGACGUCCGCGUUGUCGUGGAGGAUGUUACACCAACAGGUGCAAAUGCGUCUUCUUCCAAUACGAGUAGUGCAACUGCAAGGAAUAGCGUGGCGUCAGAAUCUGGACUCUUCUCUUGGUGGUCACCCGCAGUGAAUCUGUCAGAUUCACUGAUCGGUAGUGGAGCAGCCGGAGCUUCAGGCAAUGCUACCACAACAUCUGGCUCUGUCCUUUGCUACGCAGAUUUCGUCACAAUUACUGGUUUUUACUCCCGUCUGAGGUUAGAAAACUGCAAUUUCGGGUACAGCAAGGCUUACAGGAUGAGGAUCUACUUGGCUACGACGACACCGAGUGCGAAUGUGACUUCCUCCAGCACUUCUGGAGCUUCUUCUGGAACCUUCCCAAACAACGCUUCCGCUUCCUUCUCUCACAACUUCACCACACAAGCCUCA